AUGCUAGGAAGUGUUGAUUGUAUGCAUUGGAGGUGGAAGAACUGCCCCACGGCGUGGGCAGGGUCUUAUACUGGGCAUGUCAAUGCUCCGACGAUCAUUCUCGAGGUGGUAGCGUCGCACGACCUGUGGAUCUGGCAUGCCUUUUUCGGCAUGUCUGGUUCGCUGAACGACAUCAAUGUCCUACACCGGUCGCAUCUCCUCGACGACCUUGCCACCGGUGAGGCCCCAAAGGUUAAUUACACCAUCAAUGGUCACCAUUACACCAUGGGGUACUACCUUGCUGACGGAAUUUACCCAGAAUGGGCCACGUUUGUGAAGUCCAUUCCGGUGCCUGUCGGCAGGAAGCGCCAACACUUCGUCGUACAACAAGCGGCGGCUCGUAAGGAUGUGGAGUGCGCCUUCGGAGUCCUCCAGUCGCGGUUUCCCAUUGUCAGGGUGGCCACGAGGUUAUGGGAUGAGGAAACUCUGUCCUCCAUCAUGACCGCAUGCAUAAUCAUGCACAACAUGAUAAUCGAAGACGAGCGUGAAGACGAAGAUGUGGAGUACAUGUACGAGGGAGCAGGUGAGGACGUCCAGCCUUCUCAUGACAUCACCCCACCAUUGAUGGCGUUGAGCCAACGUUACAAUGCUAUUCGAAGCAAGCAGUACCAUCUUCAUCUCAGGGAUGAUCUAGUCGAACAUCUGUGGCAGUUACACGGAGGUGACUGA